AUGACCAUGGCAGAGGCCAUUGUCAAUCCAGCCAAACUGGACCUCUCAGCAGUUGAUCCUGUUCCUGUGCCUGUCGACCACCAGGCCAGCCAGCCGAAGCCACAGAGCCAACGCAAACGAUACCUCAGCAUCACCAUCCUCGGCUACCGGAAUCCAUCUCUGAGCGAAGCGGAAUACGUCGAGCACAUGACCAAGAUCACCGCGCCUCUGAACAAGUAUCUCAUGGUCAAGUGUGGCGUCAAGCGCUGGACGCAGAUCCACUGCACCGAGGAGACCAGGGCGCUGACCAAAGAGCUCUUCGACCGUCAGAUGGCCAAUGUGGUCGACUACGACUGCUUCAGCCAGGUGGUGUUCCACAGCUUGGAGGAUUACAAGAAGAUCAAGCAGGAUCCGUGGUACCGACAGAUGUUGGUGCCGGAUCAUGAGAAGUUUGCCGAUACCAAGAGGACAAAGAUAGCGGUGGGCUGGAUCGAGGAAUUCGUGAGGGACGGCGAGGUUUGCGACAGGCUCGAGUUUCCAGAGGACAGAGCUCAGAACGCAUCAUCAACAUCAGCAUCAGCAUCCUCCUCGUCCCCUUCCUCACUUCUCACGUGGGGCGCCAUCUCCGGUGCCGUUGUCGCCGGUGCCACGGCCGCUGCAGCUGCAGCUUACUUCCGAUCCCAGUGA